UCAAUCGUUGUUUUCAUUUUGGGAUUUCACAUAAAAUCUGCCUAAAAUGCCAUUAAUUAUAAUAUGUGGUACACCAGUAAGUGGCAAAACUACAAGAGCACAAGAAUUAAAAGAUUUCUUCGUAAACAAACAUGGUAAAAAGGUGGAAAUCAUAUCUGAAGACGAAGCUAUUACAAAGUUAGGUUAUGAGAAGAAUUCUACAUAUUUGGACUCACAGAAAGAGAAGAGAGUGAGAGGAUACCUUAAAUCAGAAGUACUACGGCUUAUUGGAAAAGAUGGUGUUGUUAUAUUGGAUGGAAGUAACUAUAUAAAAGGGUACCGCUAUGAAUUAUACUGUGCUUCCAAAGCAUCAAAAUCAACACAAUGUACAGUAUACACUAUAAGAAAUCACAAUGAAGCUUGGGAGGACAAUCUUAAGAGACAGAGUGAAACUGAUGCUGGCAACACUGAGAAUACUUCAAUACCAUAUACUGAAGAAGUUUUUAAUGCUUUAACUAGAUUAAGGUUUGAAGAGCCAAACUCCAACAACAGAUGGGACAGCCCCCUGUUCACAGUACAGCCCUCAGAUGAACUUAAUUUAGAAGAUGUGUACAAAGUUCUCUUUGAGAAGAAACCACCGCCACCUAAUAUGAGCACACAGAAUCCACCAUUAACAUCAUCAAACUUCUUAUACGAGCUUGACAAAGUCACUCAAGCAAUAUCAAAACAGAUUCUAGAAGCCAAACAGUUAAACAUGGAUGGUGAAGUGAAAUUCCCUGACUACCCGGGCUGUGUGCUAGAAGCUGGAUACACCCAGUUUGUGAACCCUCAGAAACUACUGCGCUUGAGACGACAAUUCCUUACGUAUGCUAAAAUGAACCAUUCUAAUGAGGAUACUAGUAAAAUUGGCAGAUAUUUUAUACAGUAUUUGAAUAAAACUUUGACGGACUAA